CAGAGGAUUGAGGCACAAAGGUGGAAGACCCCUCAACACUGGAGCAGCUCUCCAGUACUUGAGGGAUAAUGUCUUCACGGCCUCUGCUGGAAGCAGGCUCCAGGAAGGAGUCCCACAGGUCCUAGUUUUGAUAAGUGGUGGAAGGUCUUUUGACAGUGUUGAUGCACCAGCCUCUGCUCUCAAAGAGCUGGGUGUCUUGACCUUUGCAAUUGGAACCAGGAGUGCUGAUAGCAAAGAACUGCAGAAGAUAUCCCACGACCCCAGCUAUGCACUAACUGUGUCUGAAUUCACUGACCUUCCCAAUGUCCAACAACAACUUCAGUCCUCCGUGGAGGCUGUGGUUAUCGAGGUCUCCCCAGAAUCACCACCUGUUCCUGUCGAUACUGCCAAAAAGGAUAUCGUUUUCCUCCUGGAUGGUUCUGAUGGCACACGGAAUGGCUUCCCUGCCAUGCUUGAUUUUGUUAAGAGAGUGGUGGAGAAAUUGAAUGUAGGACCUAACAAUGACCGUGUCUCUGUGGUCCAAUACAGCAGAGAUGCAGAGAUCCAUUUCUAUCUGAACACAUACACCACAAGACAGGAUAUUUUGGAUACAGUCAGAGGGCUGAGACAUAGAGGAGGCAGACCCCUCAACACCGGGGCGGCCCUCCAAUACGUCAGGGACAACGCCUUUACAAACUCCUCCGGGAGCAGGCGCCUGCAAGGUGUUCCACAAAUGUUGAUCCUGCUAAAUGGUGGAAGGUCUUUUGACAAUGUAGAUACCCCAGCCUCUGCUCUCAAACAGCAGGGUGUCUAUGUGAUAGGCAUUGGCACAAGGAACUCUGACACUAGGGAGCUGCAGAAGAUAUCAUAUGACCCUAGUUCUGCUCUAUCAGUGUCUGAUUUCACUGACCUCCCAGUGCCCAGGAACAGCUCUCCUCUGUAAUGAACACAGUGCUAACCAGGGCCACGCCCAUCACACCAACAAAAGCUGGUAAGAAAGUGACAGAUUUUUAUUUUCCAAGGUCAUGGUAGGAUGCAAAUUGAACAGUAUGACAGUGUAUUUAUUGUAGCUGAGGCAAGCCAGCAGCACUCUGAGAAUACAUUUGUUCCAGAUUAUACAGAGUACAUUGUUAAAUUCCAGGUUAGCUUUGGUCAUCUGACUUUCACAUGGAAAACAUUUGACACAUGAACCUGAACAUGUCUGACAUUUUUUAUUCCCUAGUGGAGAGACAGCCAGCAGGAAAAGAUAUUGUGUUCUUGUUGGAUGGAUCUGAUGGUACUAGAACUGGCUUCCCAGCUGUGAAAGACUUUGUCCAAAGAGUUGUAGAGACACUCAGUGUGGAUGACAACAAAGACCGUGUCUCAGUGGUUCAGUACAGCAAAGAGCCAGCUGCCCAAUUCUAUCUGAACACGUACACCACAAAAGGCGACAUCCUUGACACUGUCAGAGGAUUGAGGCACAAAGGUGGAAGACCCCUCAACACUGGAGCAGCUCUCCAGUACUUGAGGGAUAAUGUCUUCACGGCCUCUGCUGGAAGCAGGCUCCAGGAAGGAGUCCCACAGGUCCUAGUUUUGAUAAGUGGUGGAAGGUCUUUUGACAGUGUUGAUGCACCAGCCUCUGCUCUCAAAGAGCUGGGUGUCUUGACCUUUGCAAUUGGAACCAGGAGUGCUGAUAGCAAAGAACUGCAGAAGAUAUCCCACGACCCCAGCUAUGCACUAACUGUGUCUGAAUUCACUGACCUUCCCAAUGUCCAACAACAACUUCAGUCCUCCGUGGAGGCUGUGGUUAUCGAGGUCUCCCCAGAAUCACCACCUGUUCCUGUCGAUACUGCCAAAAAGGAUAUCGUUUUCCUCCUGGAUGGUUCUGAUGGCACACGGAAUGGCUUCCCUGCCAUGCUUGAUUUUGUUAAGAGAGUGGUGGAGAAAUUGAAUGUAGGACCUAACAAUGACCGUGUCUCUGUGGUCCAAUACAGCAGAGAUGCAGAGAUCCAUUUCUAUCUGAACACAUACACCACAAGACAGGAUAUUUUGGAUACAGUCAGAGGGCUGAGACAUAGAGGAGGCAGACCCCUCAACACCGGGGCGGCCCUCCAAUACGUCAGGGACAACGCCUUUACAAACUCCUCCGGGAGCAGGCGCCUGCAAGGUGUUCCACAAAUGUUGAUCCUGCUAAAUGGUGGAAGGUCUUUUGACAAUGUAGAUACCCCAGCCUCUGCUCUCAAACAGCAGGGUGUCUAUGUGAUAGGCAUUGGCACAAGGAACUCUGACACUAGGGAGCUGCAGAAGAUAUCAUAUGACCCUAGUUCUGCUCUAUCAGUGUCUGAUUUCACUGACCUCCCCAGUGCCCAGGAACAGCUCUCCUCUGUAAUGAACACAGUGCUAACCAGGGCCACGCCCAUCACACCAACAAAAGCUGGUAAGAAAGUGACAGAUUUUUAUUUUCCAAGGUCAUGGCUGAACAUGUCUGACAUUUUUUAUUCCCUAGUGGAGAGACAGCCAGCAGGAAAAGAUAUUGUGUUCUUGUUGGAUGGAUCUGAUGGUACUAGAACUGGCUUCCCAGCUGUGAAAGACUUUGUCCAAAGAGUUGUAGAGACACUCAGUGUGGAUGACAACAAAGACCGUGUCUCAGUGGUUCAGUACAGCAAAGAGCCAGCUGCCCAAUUCUAUCUGAACACGUACACCACAAAAGGCGACAUCCUUGACACUGUCAGAGGAUUGAGGCACAAAGGUGGAAGACCCCUCAACACUGGAGCAGCUCUCCAGUACUUGAGGGAUAAUGUCUUCACGGCCUCUGCUGGAAGCAGGCUCCAGGAAGGAGUCCCACAGGUCCUAGUUUUGAUAAGUGGUGGAAGGUCUUUUGACAGUGUUGAUGCACCAGCCUCUGCUCUCAAAGAGCUGGGUGUCUUGACCUUUGCAAUUGGAACCAGGAGUGCUGAUAGCAAAGAACUGCAGAAGAUAUCCCACGACCCCAGCUAUGCACUAACUGUGUCUGAAUUCACUGACCUUCCCAAUGUCCAACAACAACUUCAGUCCUCCGUGGAGGCUGUGGUUAUCGAGGUCUCCCCAGAAUCACCACCUGUUCCUGUCGAUACUGCCAAAAAGGAUAUCGUUUUCCUCCUGGAUGGUUCUGAUGGCACACGGAAUGGCUUCCCUGCCAUGCUUGAUUUUGUUAAGAGAGUGGUGGAGAAAUUGAAUGUAGGACCUAACAAUGACCGUGUCUCUGUGGUCCAAUACAGCAGAGAUGCAGAGAUCCAUUUCUAUCUGAACACAUACACCACAAGACAGGAUAUUUUGGAUACAGUCAGAGGGCUGAGACAUAGAGGAGGCAGACCCCUCAACACCGGGGCGGCCCUCCAAUACGUCAGGGACAACGCCUUUACAAACUCCUCCGGGAGCAGGCGCCUGCAAGGUGUUCCACAAAUGUUGAUCCUGCUAAAUGGUGGAAGGUCUUUUGACAAUGUAGAUACCCCAGCCUCUGCUCUCAAACAGCAGGGUGUCUAUGUGAUAGGCAUUGGCACAAGGAACUCUGACACUAGGGAGCUGCAGAAGAUAUCAUAUGACCCUAGUUCUGCUCUAUCAGUGUCUGAUUUCACUGACCUCCCCAGUGCCCAGGAACAGCUCUCCUCUGUAAUGAACACAGUGCUAACCAGGGCCACGCCCAUCACACCAACAAAAGCUGGUAAGAAAGUGACAGAUUUUUAUUUUCCAAGGUCAUGGCUGAACAUGUCUGACAUUUUUUAUUCCCUAGUGGAGAGACAGCCAGCAGGAAAAGAUAUUGUGUUCUUGUUGGAUGGAUCUGAUGGUACUAGAACUGGCUUCCCAGCUGUGAAAGACUUUGUCCAAAGAGUUGUAGAGACACUCAGUGUGGAUGACAACAAAGACCGUGUCUCAGUGGUUCAGUACAGCAAAGAGCCAGCUGCCCAAUUCUAUCUGAACACGUACACCACAAAAGGCGACAUCCUUGACACUGUCAGAGGAUUGAGGCACAAAGGUGGAAGACCCCUCAACACUGGAGCAGCUCUCCAGUACUUGAGGGAUAAUGUCUUCACGGCCUCUGCUGGAAGCAGGCUCCAGGAAGGAGUCCCACAGGUCCUAGUUUUGAUAAGUGGUGGAAGGUCUUUUGACAGUGUUGAUGCACCAGCCUCUGCUCUCAAAGAGCUGGGUGUCUUGACCUUUGCAAUUGGAACCAGGAGUGCUGAUAGCAAAGAACUGCAGAAGAUAUCCCACGACCCCAGCUAUGCACUAACUGUGUCUGAAUUCACUGACCUUCCCAAUGUCCAACAACAACUUCAGUCCUCCGUGGAGGCUGUGGUUAUCGAGGUCUCCCCAGAAUCACCACCUGUUCCUGUCGAUACUGCCAAAAAGGAUAUCGUUUUCCUCCUGGAUGGUUCUGAUGGCACACGGAAUGGCGAACAGCUCUCCUCUGUAAUGAACACAGUGCUAACCAGGGCCACGCCCAUCACACCAACAAAAGCUGUGGUUCAGUACAGCAAAGAGCCAGCUGCCCAAUUCUAUCUGAACACGUACACCACAAAAGGCGACAUCCUUGACACUGUCAGAGGAUUGAGGCACAAAGGUGGAAGACCCCUCAACACUGGAGCAGCUCUCCAGUACUUGAGGGAUAAUGUCUUCACGGCCUCUGCUGGAAGCAGGCUCCAGGAAGGAGUCCCACAGGUCCUAGUUUUGAUAAGUGGUGGAAGGUCUUUUGACAGUGUUGAUGCACCAGCCUCUGCUCUCAAAGAGCUGGGUGUCUUGACCUUUGCAAUUGGAACCAGGAGUGCUGAUAGCAAAGAACUGCAGAAGAUAUCCCACGACCCCAGCUAUGCACUAACUGUGUCUGAAUUCACUGACCUUCCAAUGUCCAACAACAACUUCAGUCCUCCGUGGAGGCUGUGGUAUCGAUGGUCUCCCCAGAAUCACCACCUUCCUG